CAUGCACCAGGAUUGUUUUAAAGGGAAAAUAAUUUUUUUUCUGUUUCACUUUAGCUACUGAUGAAGGAGCCGCACCGGCGUCUGGGAGUCUAUGGAGACAUAAGAUACCACCCAUUCUACUCGUCCAUCAAUUGGGUGGAACUGGAACAAAAGAAGAUACCACCACCUUUCCAGCUAACAGAACCAUCAAGUGAAGACGUCACAAAGUGCACAGGAAAGCGACUGUCAUCAUUCCUGAAAAUUAACGAGUCAACAGAGAAAAUCCACAAUAUUCCAGACCUUUCUUACAUAGGUUCCUCUUGGCAGAACGAAUGAGCAGACUCUGUAUCGCUGAGGCUCAGCUGUGCAUCUGAUCCACCUGAUGCACCUAGAUCAUACCAACGCCAUCAUCACCUGCUCCAGCACCACACAGAUUGAUGGUCGUCCAUUAGUCCUGCAUCAAAGUGGAUAAAGAUUGUUAAAUAGGAUAAAUAGAUAAAUAGAGAUAGGCAUAGAAUCAGUUGUAUAAACAAGCUAAAAGUUAUAAAAGUUAUAAGUAUGUUCAAUUUAAGAAACCAGCAUCA